CGAAUCUACACAGAGAUGUAAAGGAUAAAGUCGCUCAUGUCACGGCCAUACAACCUCCUUGUGACAUCCAUUGUCACUGUUCUCGCCAUCUUCAUCGGCCUCCAAUUCCAAUCGCCCGACAGUCUCCUUAUGCGGUUCAUCACUCCAUACAGCGCGUCGAUUCUGCCCCAAGCACGCCGAGCUUUCGCGCCAAUCGCCUCGACAUUCAGCACAUUCCCGCCGACCAUGUCAUCGUCAACCAGCAACCGCGACGCAGAGAACGCUGUAGAUGGCCAGCCUCUCGGUCUCCCUUCGCCGCCUAGUAAAGAGGAGGAAGCAGCAAUGAAGUUGGAUAUGUCGAGUGGCUCCGACACGAUCAAGCUCGAUCAUCUGGGUCCGCUAGUAGUGAACAAGGACGGCUCUCUAUCGAGAAUUAGCAAUUGGGAGCAGAUGACUGCGCAAGAGAAGAAGAGCACUUUGAAGAUUCUAGGGAAGAGAAAUCAGUUAAGAACGGAUGCUCUCAAGGAGAGCGAAGACACAAUAGUUUGAAGGGUAUAGCAUUCGCCUCUUGAUAGGAGGCAUCCUCAAUCUACGUUAUACGUC